AUGACGCAUCAAGACUUUCAUCAGGAAUUUUGUCCCUUAAAUUCUACCUGCCAGUUAUGCAGCUUCAUAGAAAAAGAACUAGGUCGGCUACAGUCAUGUAGUCUUUCAAAUGUGCAAUCGGACCUUGAAUCGAAACGCGUCAAACCUUUCACAGGUAAUCCGCGCGAUGCAGCUGUAGUCAAUCGCAAGCCAAACGAACUAAACCUGACCACUGUCAUACUUGAGGAAUUGCGGAGGUUUUGUGAAAACACAUCUAUCCGAGGAUUACCUCGUAUAGUCAGAGCCCAGAACCGACCUAUGCGACUUUUGUGGUCCACUUUGGUCUGUAUCUUAGUUCUCGGUUGUGGAACAUGUCUAUUUUUCUUGUCCAGACAAUACUUGGAAUAUAACGUGAUACAUCCACCCAGAGUACUGCGUCACACUUCGAGCCCUUUUCCCUCAGUCACAGUUUGCAAUUUGCGACCUAUAUCACCAGAUGGAAUGGAUUAUUUAAAACAAAAAGGUUGGAAGACACCUAGACAAUUUGCCACUGACUUGGCCUAUUACACCCAAUACCUGUACUACAAUUCCCAUCGUAUGGAUGAAUACGCAGCAGCAAGUGCGGCAUUUUCUCUAGCGGGAUUUUUGGAAAGUCUUCCAAACGAUGACGAACGCCGGAAGCUGGGGUAUCUGUACAAUAAACUUAUCAUAAAAUGCCAGAUGACUUACCUGAAUGGAAGCAAACCGGUUGCAGCGCCCUGUGAUAGAAAAGGUCGCUGGCGGAAAUUCAUCCAUGCUCAGUAUUUAAAUUGUGCCACCUUUGAGCCAUCCACCGAAUUACGUGCCAGCACAACCAAUAUUGAAAUGUACAUCUAUCUAAACGAAAUGUCAGAUUACGCCCUCUGUCCGGAUUGCUUUCACGGUGAGGUCAAAUCACAACUAUCAGGCGCAUUAAUUGUUAUCGACUCAGCGGAUCAUUUACCAAAUGUUAAUGAUAAAAGUAUAAACUUGAAGCCUGGUUCUCUGACAGAGAUUCGAUUGUCCAUUGUGGAAAAUAUACAAAAACUACCACCGUACGGACGUUGUUCCUUAGAUUUGCCUGAGAACUUGCAAUUAUAUGGGACUCAAUACGCUUACUCCGAAUAUGCAUGCCGAGAGGCCACGAUCCAAAAUGAUAUCAUGGAAAAAUGUGGAUGCUACUCAAUGGAAUAUCCCUAUAACGAGGACAGCGGUUUUGAACCUUGUAGCAGUCUUCCACGAUUUGUUAACACUUCCGACUGUGGUUCAUAUCACUUGAUGGAAUUUCUAAGGGGAAAUAUGACAUUACGAGCACAAGAUGGAUUAUGUAUUAAUGAUUUGAAAUUAUUCACGAAACGUAUGUUAUGCAAGCGAUCAGUCACGGAAAACUAUGUUCACGGAGCGUUACCUUCUUGCACUAUGCCUUGUGCCUUUUAUUCUUACGAAGCAGAACAAUCCACAUCUUCCUGGCCCACCAAAAGAUGGCAAUUAACUUGGUUGAAUUCUUCUUACAACCGUCGUCUGGGAAUUUUUGAUGGUCCGAAAUUUGACACAUAUCGUGAAGCACAGAGUUUGCUCACUCUGGGUAAUGAAACUGAUGCAGCACGAAUUUUGGAACAAGCUAAUAUUUUGGAACAAAACCUAUUGGCUGUGUUAAUAAAUCGACCCAACUUCGACGUGCGUAAAGUAGAGGAGAAGGAAGUGCUCUCUCUAACCAGCUUGCUUUCACAAUCAGGGGGGUUAUUCUCAAUCUGGAUGGGACUGUCCAUGAUUGCGCUAGGUGAAGUUGCUGAAUUAUUGAUCAGCUGCUACGUAAAAACUAAAGAAGUGAAAACGUUGAGAGAAGACGUAAAGAAGGAAGUUGCGCUGACACAAUCAUCAACGCAGUUUGCGAAUGAUGACAUUGAUAACGGACUCACGGAUCUGUUGUCCAAUGAGAAGGUUAAAUCUACAUACAAAUGCAGGGAGAAUCACAUGUUGUGGAUGAAAUUACUCGCUUGUAUAAGACAGGUUCAAAUGCAACAGCUAAACAGUGAAAUACAUUGUUCCGUUGGCCAAACAGGAACACCGAGUACUGAAAGUAUGCGACCUUCUUUAGUCCCCAACUGUCGGAAUCAUGAACACACUAGAAUUAAUGACCCUGAUGAGGUCCGGUUUACGACAGAUUGUGAUAACCAACUCUGGGAACUUCGUGAAUGCUGUGUUAUCCGAGAUUGUGCUAUGUAA